CUUAAUUUUCUAAACCUAAUAUAAUAAGAUUUCUGAUCCUGACAGCAAAGCGUUUACCUUAGUUGCCUUAAAUUCCUUCUUACAAAUGGUCCCUUUUAUCAUCCUCUAUUCACACUUUACAAAAAUAAUAAUCUUGGAGCAACCCAUCACCAAUCUCUGAAUGGGAAGUCAAGGAAACAGUUGGGCAGAUCAAUGGGGCAGCCAAAACGACGUCGUAGAUGAAGGUUAUAAGAGCAAGGGAAAAGGCGGCGGCGGUGGCAAGAAGAUGGAAAAGGUGACGGCGGUGGCAUCGGCAAGUUUUGGAAAGGCGAAAUCGGCAGCGGCGGUGGGGGCUGACAAGGCGAAGGCUGCGGCGGUGGUUGGUGCAAAAAAGGUGAAGAGUGGAACUUCAUUUGGGUUUAAAUGGAUUAAGGACAAGUGCCAGAAAAAGUGAUUUUGUGAAGACAAAAAAAUUCAUUUGAAUCAAUGAAAGGUUUACUUAUAUGUAUACGGAUUGUUUUGAUGAAGGAAAUUUGAAUUCUUUUUAA